AUGGCCUGGAUAUCCCUUCUGCACUUCCGCGGUUUGAAGACGAUCGAGACCAAAGAUGAGAUCCCACCCAACCUCCAGCACAAGAUGACCACGAAGAUAACCCCAUUCAUAGGCCCAUCGGGCUGCAACAAAUGUGACACAACUAGUCUGGGGAGUUGUGGCCGCCCUCACACAGCCGGUAACUUCGAAUUCCUAGCCUACAAUUUUCGGGUUCUACUAGAGUUCAACGAAGCUCAACACGACGCCACUUUCAUUAAGUUGAAGCAACUAGAUGUGCUGCUCGGCCUUGGCGACCUGAAGAAGUCGCGAAAGGAGCAAUACCAGCACAACUUUCUCCGAUCUGUGCUUGAGUCAGUGGCGGAAUCCAUUGGGACUCUUUCUAUCAGUGAGCGGCAUGAGGGCGGGUACAUGACUCCAUGCUACAUGAAAGACAUCACAAAUCCGGCGUUCUGGCGCCCCAGCAUCGACCGCCCAAUCAGCCUACUGUGCAUGGGCACUCAACCCAGGGCUAUGAACACAAACCUACGCUUAGCCACACUCCAACUCGACGCCGUUACUAUGUCAAAUUACAUUCUGUGUGGUCUGAUCGCACUCAACUGGGAUACGUUGGAAAAGGAUUGGGCCCCUGGAGAGUGGUCUGCCUUUCGGACUGAGAUAAAGUCGGACUUUCGGACCACGGUCGCUGGCUAUACAAGCAACCGCGACCUCACCGGCUGGAUCUUCGAAGACGGCGACGUAAAGAAUGGUGCGAAGUACCUCGAAGACCGCCUCAAGCUCGCUCCAGUUCCAAAGACAUACUUCACGGAGGAGGGGUAG